UAUGUUGGGAAUUUUUGGAGCAGCUCAAAGAGGAAAUUUUAAGCGUGUAAAGGAGUUGGUUGAAAAUGGUGUCGAUGCUAAUGGAGUGGACUGGUCAAAUAAAAAUAUGACAGCUCUUCACUAUGCCGUCAUAUCUCGCUCCUUGGAUAUUGUAGAAUGUUUAAUAGGACAUGGCGCGAGUAUUAAUUGCGGAAACAGCAAGGAUAGGACUGCCCUUCAUUAUGCGGUCAAAUCUAAAUCAUUCCACAUAGUAAAAUACUUGAUUGAAAAUGGUGCCGACGUAAAUUGUAAAGACCGUUUGAGUGAAACUCCUCUGCACAUUGCUGCCACCUCAGGUUCACUGAAAAUGGUGAGAUUUUUGGUUGAAAAUAAUGCUGAUGUGAAUUGUAAAGCCCCCGAGGGCAAAACUGCUCUUCAUUUUGCAGCCGAAUCCAAAGCGUACGAGAUUGUCAAAUAUUUAGUUGAGCGUGGUGCCAAGGUCAUCUCUGAAUACAAUGAAAACUUCAAGACUGUUCUUUAUGUGGCUUGUGAAUCCGGUGACAGCCAAAUAGUUGAUUACCUCCUGCAACACGGAGCUGUAAAUGAUAUAGAUAGACACGAUAAUUUAGACUGUUCUCCUCUAAAAGUGGCUUGCUUUAGAGGCCAUACAGCCGUUGUGCAAACUUUGCUCAAGUUUAACGUUAAUAUAAAGAAUAACAAGCAAUUGAUAUGUGGCAACGAAGAAAUCUUGACUAUUCUGAAGUUUGAAUUAAGGGAGGUUCCAAAGUCCGUUAAACAUGGCGAGAAAUUCCACAUUUUAAAGAAUAUCGAUGUUGGAAAGCUAAAGAAGAUUGGGCCUCCACUACAAUAUUUUGCCUCAGAGAAGCAGUUAAGCCUUGGUUGUGGUUCAUUUGGCACGUCUGUGUACGUCGGAAUCUUAGAAGAUGGUAGCGAAGUGGCUGUUAAAAGGAUAUUGCGUGAAGCUGCCGAUGAGAAUGAAAUUGCUGUCCUGAGACGAAUAGACACAACGAAAUUGCCAUAUAUUUUGAGCUAUCGUUAUUUUCUUGAAGACGAAAACUUCAAGUAUAUAAUCUUUGAUCUUUGUGAAGAAACAUUGAGCGCCUAUGUAAAAUCACAAAAUGUCCCGCACCUGCGAGAACAAGGCCCAAGGAUGAUCAAGGAGAUUUUACUAGGUGUAAAAUGCCUUCAUGAUCAAAGAAUCUUACAUAGAGAUCUCAAGCCUUCAAAUAUAUUGGUUGAUUUUGAGGGACAUUUGAAAGUAGCAGACUUUGGACUCAGCCGCGUUUUGAAAGAAGGUGAAACAACAGUUAAAACUUAUGCAAAGGGAACACGAGGCUGGAUGCCUGCCGAAGUUAUAGAAGCGGGAAAUGAAGAAGAAAAAGGACGUUAUAAGAAGAAAUCCGAUAUCCAAUCUGUCGGUAUGAUCGCUUUUUUCAUUUUAACAGGUGGUAAACAUCCCUUCGGGGCUACCAUGCAAGAACGUAUGACAAAUAUCUCAAAAGGAAAUCCUGUUGACUUAUGCAAACUUGAAGAUGCUAAUGCCAGACACUUUGUAGCAUGGCUGAUCAGUCAUGAUAUUGACAAUAGACCUUAUGCCAGUGAAGCAUUGGAGGAUUACAUGUUCCAUAACAUUAAAAGUGUUGAGGAACCUCAAAAUUCUCUUAUAAUCUCGCGUGAGAGUUACCUCACUUUACUUUUUUAA